AUGCAAAAGGAGAUACGCACUUGGGCCAAGCAAUGCCUUGACUGUCAGAAGAGCAAGAUCCACCGAUACACCAUUUCUCCAACUGGUAGUUUUCAGCUUCCCGACUCACGCUUUCGAAAUGUACACAUUGACCUGGUUGGGCCGUUGCCCCCAUCCAGAGGUUUCACACGCAUACUCACCUGUGUCGACUGUUUCACACGCUGGCCCAUGGCCAUUCCGAUCAACGACACCUCUGCCGAAAACGUUGCUAGAACGUUUGUCGAUGGCUGGAUCGCUACAUUCGGUGUACCCGCUACCAUUACCACUGAUCGAGGUCCACAAUUCACUUCAAAACUUUUUCAUUACCUCAAACGGCUACUUGGUACGGAUCACUUCCGAACAACUGCAUACCAUCCGGCUGCCAACGGCAUGGUUGUACGCUUUCAUCGACAACUUAAGGCAUCGCUGAUAGCCUCCUCUAGCACACACUGGUCUGAACGCCUCUCACUCAUUCUUCUCAGUAUACGCAAUACCGUUAAAGAAGACUUGGGCUGCACAUCCGCUGAACUCGCAUUCGGCACUACCUUACGUCUUCCAGGCUUGGACAACCUGGCAGUAUUCAAGCCCUCGUGCCUCCUUCGGUUGGCAAGGCAGCUAGGCACCGGAGGGGUGUUACAACUGAGUGCUUUGUUGUCGGCCCAGGAGGCCGAAUGGACCGCCCAACACGCCUACCUGCAAAUAGUAAAGCAAAACGAAAGACGCCACAACUACUACUGGAAGGACGAGCCCAAUGAAGAAGAGUUGAAGAAGCGAGGGAAUUCUGUGUCAAAGUUUUGGAUGAAUAAAGCCUAG